AUGUCCGCCUUUCUGCGAUACUUCAAUCUUCCUGAGCCAACAGACCCGGAGUUUGUAACUAUUGCAACGGAUUUAUACUUAUAUCUCAAGAAUUCUCUCUCUCGUGUUGAUUAUCAGCAAAAGCAAAACGAAAGUGUUCACCAGACUAUUUCAAAAAAUUCAGAGUUAAUAGAGACGUCCUAUGAGACGCAAAGAAAUCAAAUCAGUGACUCCUUUGAACAAAAAAAUGACAAAAACGAGCAAAAACGCUAUUGGACGGAGAAGGAGAAAAUUGCAUUUGAAAAAAUUGUGAGGUAUUUCAAUUACACAUCAUCAAAAGGAUUGAACAAUUGUCUCAUCUCUGCUUUUGUCGAAACAAGAACACCAGCACAAGUCAGGUCACACGCCCAGAAAUUCUUUAUGAGGAAGACACAGAUACUAACGGCUCCAACUGAGGAAGACGUCCAGAAGAUUCAAUUCCUUCUCAAAACGUUAAAAUCAACAAAGGGGACUCCCAUGCCUAUUAAAAGCUCAAUUUAA